AACCUAUAAAACAGUAAUUUUGUCAUCGAAUCAUUGCGGUCAACAAUGACUGUUAAUUAAUAGGAUCAAUUCAAAUUUACCAGUCGACUUAUACCUGAAAAUGGCCGCCACAGAAUUCCCUGCUUUACAAAACGACCGAAUCCUGAGGGUAAUCAAAGGCGAAAAACCCGACAAACUCCCAGUAUGGAUUAUGAGACAGGCUGGUCGAUUUUUGCCUGAAUUUAGGGAGUUCAGGAAGCAGCACAGCUUCUUCGAAAUAUGCCAAACACCAGAACUGGCUUGCGAAGUCACCUUGAUGCCGAUAAAACGGUUUGACCUAGAUGCAGCCAUAAUUUUCAGCGAUAUUCUGGUAAUUCCCCAAGCACUAGGUGUAGCUGUAGAAAUGAGACCAGAAGUGGGGCCCGUCAUACCGAAACCUUUAACUUUAGACACCAUAAAAGAUCUAAAAGAAGACGGUGCAGCAAGCCGCUUAAAUUACGUAGGAGAAGCCAUCAAACUGACCCGAAAAGAACUAGGUGGUAAAGUUCCAUUGUUCGGAUUCUGUGGAGCCCCCUGGACCCUAUUCGGUUACAUGGUAGAAGGUGGAGGCUCUAAAACUAUGUCGAAAGCUAAAAAGUGGUUGUAUAAAAAUCCUGACGAAGCAAAGAAAGUCCUAGAUAUCCUGACUAACGUCAUAAUAGACUACCUAGUGAUGCAAGCCGAAUACGGAGCUCAAAUACUUCAAGUAUUCGAAAGUAGUGCGGAAUAUUUGAACAGGCAGCUAUUUUCCACCUUUGCAUUGCCAUACCUUGGAAGAAUUUGUGACCAAGUUAAAUUAAAGCUGAAGGAGAAAAAUCUGGAUGUACCGAUGGUUCUCUUUGCAAAAGGGGCACACUUUUCACUUGCAGAUCAAUCGAAUUUGAAUUAUGAUGUGUUGGGUAUUGAUUGGACUGUUGAACCUAAGAUAGCUCGUACUCUUACUAAAGAUAAAGUGGUACAAGGCAACCUAGAUCCUUGUGCCUUAUAUGCUCCUAAAGAGGAAAUUGAAAAGUUGGUAGGCGAAAUGGCAAAAGGCUUUGGCACCUCAAAAUAUAUUGUUAACUUAGGGCAUGGUAUUUACCCAGAUAUGGAAGUAGAAAAUGUGAAAGCAUUUAUUGAGGCAGUACAUAAUGUUCAAGUUUAACAUUAUCAAAUAAAUUUUUAUAAAAUGUU